CUUGCCAAGUCUCGCGAGAGGAGCACAGGACGGCUCAUCGCUGCAAUCUUCUUGUUGAGCAACAAUAACAAGCGUCAAAGGACGUGAUUGUGCGGUUAUGUUCACCGGACGCUGGUCGUCCACUGGGUUCGGCCCAGUCGAACACAUAGAUGCCAACACCAGGCUGUGAUGUACAGUGUUUUAGUGAGAUUAUAUGGUACCUGAAAGUCGGAGGGGUGUGGCCACGGCUGUGGUGACCGCCAGUGUCUCUGGUGGGAGGAGAUAAGAGGGUCCGCAGCUGCAGGAGGACGCAAGCUCCGCUCAUUUCUACGAAUGUGGCGUCACUGCUCUGGAUGUUUGACGUUUGUGACCAAGAGGAAGACUUCACACAUCUCGCCUCGUCGCCACUUGACCGCCGCUUUUGCGUCUGGUAUGAGGAAACAUGGACGCCGCCAGGAUCAUGUAGCAUAACGCUCUGAGCUCUCAUAAUGCAUCGUGCUGCCAAGACCGGUUCUAGUUUGCUCUUUUUAGUGUAAGCGAACAGACCGAUGUGUGGCGUCUUCGGCCGCUCGACUCGCUUCCUCCAGCUGUGCGUCUCGUGUUCAGACUGAUCUGAUUGGCCGCCGUCGGCAAGAGAAUGAACGGCUCUCUUUUGACCCCGCCCAGCCCGCGGGCCACAAGUUCCUCCCCCUUACCCCCUUCACCGUCCCCCUCGCCGUCCCCGCCUUCCCCGCCGUCCCCCUCCCUCCUGCCGCUGUGCCCGCGACCUCCUCCCCUCCCACCUCUGGUGUGCUCCCCGCCCCAGGCACACCCCUUGUCGCUGUCAGACACGCCCACGCCGUCGCCCUCGCCCUGCCUCAGCUGGACUGAAUUCUGUGAGCUUCACGCCCGCGUGGCCGCCGGAGACUUUGCGCGCCAUUUUCGGGCGUUCCUCCUGGAGAACCCACACUACACCCCCGACUCGGCCGCCGCUUUCUGCCGCCGCUUCACGGACCGCUUCGUUCGCCACUUCCAGAGCGAGCUGGAGGGGGCGCUGCCGCCCAGCUGUGCUUCUGGAAGGGACGAUAUGGUGAGCUGGGCUCCUCAGUCGGACGCCACCUCCCUGGAAGAGGAAGCCACGUCCCCACUGUCGGCGUCCGGGGCAGCUGUCCCGUCCUCUACCGUGACACGGCCCGCCUCCAAAGCAGUGCCGACACGCCUCGUGUUGGAUGGCCGCGGCAGUGACAAAUUUCAAGACUCCUACGUCCAAGGCCAGCUCCUGCCGCCGUCUUCAUCGUCGUCCUGCUGCUCCUCUGUGGGAGGAAACAACGGGAGGCGGGACGACAAAGGCGCCGCCGUGACUUCCGGCAACGGCGAAGCGCCCGUGGAGGAAGAAGAGGACAGCUGGCUCGGGACGGCAUCUGUAGGGGAAGACAUGGAGCCGGAAGAGCGGGACACUGCGGCCGUGGAAACGGACGGCUCCCCAUGUGCCCCCCACACACCUCCCUCCUCCUCCUCGGUCACGCCCCCGCCCAGCGCUGCUUCCAAAAACAAAGUGAAGAAACGCUUCUCUUUGCGCAGCGUGGGACGCAGCGUGCGCGGGAGCGUGCGCGGCAUCCUGCAGUGGCGCAGUGCGUCCAGCGACUCCGCGCCGAGCCAGCUGCCUGCCAGCUACAGCUACACUGUGGGCGUGCAAGACGCCGCAUUCUCCAGGAACGCCGCUACCCAGCCUCCCACGCCCACUUCCUCCAUGCCCGUGUCUCUGUCCAUGCCCCUCGCGCUACCCCACUCUUCCUCCCUCCCCCCCUCGUCCUCUAGCAGCGCCACCUCUCUUUCUCUCUCGGACCGGCGGCGGAGCAACGGCGAGGGCGGAGAAAAGGACAAGUGGAGCCUGCGUCUGGAAAAACUGCGGCUGACGCGAUCCCCGCCCCCCGUCCUCACCGCAAGCACUGCCUCAUCUGUGCUGCCUACCGGCAGCGCCACUGGUUUGGUCCCGUCAAGGAAAGCGGCCCGUCUGGUGCGAGAAGGCGCCGUGAGCGUGAGUUCGACCAACGACGAGCUCAGCGGAGGUCACGGUUUUUCGGGCUUCUCCUUCGCACUUCUUCAUCACGGCGCCGACAACAACGCCACCCGGACGGCUACGGCGCCGCCUCUGGCAAGUGGCGGGAACGUGCCCUGGAAGGGUGGUCGCUGGCAUAAAUGUCGUCUGGUCCUCCGAGAGAGGGAACGAGAAGGCGGUGACCGCGGCGACGACUUCUACCUGGAAUUCUUCAUUCCACCAAAGUCGUCCAAAGCGCGGCUGACCAUCCCGUGCGCCUCCAUUGUGGACGUGAGGACCACGACGGCGCAGGAGCUUCCCGACAAAGAGAACACCUUUCUGCUGCAGUUGGAAGGCCCUGCCCAGUACGUGAUGGAGACACGAGACGCCGUCCAGAUGAGAGCGUGGCUCAGCGACAUCCACAAAGGCAUCUGUCUCAGUGGACAGGAGGAUCCAGAAGGUGGCGCUGCGUUGGAAGGGAGCGCCAUGCCGGAGAUUGUGGAGCGUCUGUCACAAGUCUGUUAUGGCGGCCUGGGAGGCUCCUCCCCUCUGAUGGACGGUCUUCCGCCCGAGUUGCCGCCCCGCGCCCCUCUGGACGAGCCUGACGGUCGCGUUCUUGGAGGAGGUGGGGCUAGCCUGGGUACGCCGUUUGCUGAGACCCCAGACGCUACAGGCUCCUUUUUGUUCUCAGACGUGACGUCCGCCGAGCCGCUGGAGCACCCACUCAGCGAGUGUCAGUGGUUCCACGGCACCUUGUCCCGCCUCAAAGCGGCCCAGUUAGUUCUAGCGGGCGGUCCGGCCAGCCACGGCGUCUUCCUGGUUCGCCAGAGCGAGACGCGGCGCGGGGAAUACGUCCUCACCUUCAACUUCCAGGGCAAGGCUAAGCACCUGCGCCUGUCGCUAAACGAGAACGGCCACUGUCGAGUGCAGCACCUGUGGUUCCAAUCCAUCUUCGACAUGCUGGAGCACUUCCGAGUGCAUCCCAUCCCUCUGGAGUCCGGCGGCGCUUCCGACGUGACGCUCAUGAGCUUCGUGGGCGCGGCGGCCGUUCGCCAGACGGGCCGGGACAGGGCGGGCAGUCGGCCUACAGUCUGUGAUGUCAUCACCACGCGCCAUCCCGACUCUCCAUCAACCCCCAUCUCUGACUGUGUACUUGACCAGCAGACCCCGUAGUCCUCCUCAGCCGCCCCCGCUCCCGCCGGGACGCCCGCCGCCGCCAACUCCACCCCAAGAGAGAGGAAGCGAGGCGGAGCCAGAAGGGGCGGCAUCAGGCGGCGGAAGUGGAGGCGCGGCGGAGGACUGGGAGGACCGGGACGCUCCUCUCCGCCAACUGGAAGCUGCGGAAGGGGAAGAGCUGGAAUCAGCGAGGGCGCCGCGAGCCGUCGAUAACCAGUACUCCUUCUUUUGAGGAGCGUUUGUUUUGUUCGCCAGGUGAGCAGCAGGUGGCGCCACUAACACUAAAGGAGCAGACAAGAUGGGACGCCUGCUGAGAGCGUCUCCACAACACUAACGAGCACGACGAGUCCACCAGCUUAGCUUCCUUACCUCGCCGGAGUCCGACCACGCUGUGAUGUCACAAAACUGGAGGUGCUGCGAUGUCAUGACUCCGCCCCCUCGCUCUCCACAUGAAGAAGACCUUGUCAAGAAUAGUAUUCAUUUUGUUUAUUCACAUGUCUUUGUGCCUUUUUGUUUGGGGAUCAAAGGAUGGAGAAAAAAAAAGAUUGGUUAUCUUCUGCGGGCGGUCUCUCUGCCACACUGUUGUGACAAAACGAGAGCUGAGCCAGAAGGCAAAGCUCUCUGUCUACCGAACUGUCUACAUUCCUACUCUCACCUAUAGUCACGACCGAAAGAAUAAGAUCGCGGAUACAACCGAUACAUGCGGCCGAAAUGAGUUUUCUCAGAAGAGUGGCUGGCAUCUCCCUUAGAGAUAGGUUGAGAAGUUCAGUCACCAGAGAGCGACUCGGGAGUAGAGCUCUCCUUCGCUUGGAAAGAAACCAGCUUAGGUGGUCCAGGCAUCUCGUGCGAAUGCCUCACGAGCGUCUCCCAAGGGAGGUCCUCGUUGCACGUCCCACUGGGAGGAAACCCCGCGGCAGGCCAAGGACCAGGUUAGGCGGGAUUACAUCUCCUUUCUGGCUUGGGAAGGCUUCGGGAUUCUUCAGGAGGAUGUUGCUCUGGAGAGGGAAGUCUGGGGGUCUCUGCUGCAGCUGAUGUCCCCACGACCCAAUUCCGGAUAAGCGGUUGAAGAUGGAUGGAUGGAUGUGGGCUUUCAUCGUCGCGUCCUCGCCCUUGCCAUCAAUUCAGCAAAAAUUUAAAAAGAAGGGGGAUGGGCAGGGGGAUGAACGUUUUCUACUGUGCCUUUCUGUAUUUGCUCCGUUUAACGCUUUCCUUUUUUGCGCCUCAUGUUGUGUUGUCACUUUUGACCACUCUUUGUGCCUUUCUGUCUCUUCUCGCCCCCUGUGGUUAGUUUCAGGUACUACAUUGAUUCUAAUAUAAAUAGUGAAACCUUA